CCUAAUCCCUGUAUUAACUUGCGACCAGUAUGUGAAGCCAAUAUUCUGGGUACUCUAAAGUGCUCUGUAUGCCUUGUUUGGAAUUUCAAGAAUCCCUCAGUAUGUGCAAUUUGGUUUGAUUCAUAUACCGGUUGUAGGUUGCUGCUAUAAAAACGCGGACAAUGAAGGCUUUUCUUAUUUUGAGCCAUCCUCUGUGUUGAAGGAACAGCGGGAUAAAUCAUUGUCAUCAACGUGUCCGCCCGUCGCCAUGACCGAGACCACUGACGACUGGGUGCUGGAGUGCUCCGACGACGAGCGCUUCGCUGGCUGGACCGAGGUGGACGGCGAGCCGAUGCCGCCGCUGGACGAGCUGCAGCGGCUGUACGCGCGCGUGGAGAGCGGCGACCCGCCCACGCUGGCGUGGCGCUGCCUCGGCCGGCGGCCGCUCGACGCCGACGCGCCCGACGAGGACGAGGACGAGCCUGUGCAGCUGCCAGACAUGUCGGACUUCGACUUUGGCGGCGAUGACGUGGCGCAGCCGGUGGAGACGCCGCGCCGGCAGCCCGGCGCCGCGCCGCGCGGCAGCGCCAAGAAGAAGUCCACCAGCUUGGAUAAGAUUCUGAAGAACAUGAAGCGCACCCGCGAGCUGGAGGCGAAGGAAGCCAGCGAGGCGUCGGCCGCCGACAAACAGAAGCCGGACUGAACGCGCGCCAGUCCUUCGGCGUCUGCCGCUAAAGAACUUAAGGUUAAGUUUUAUACGGAUUGUACACCAUUGCCCAUUGUGUACUAUCAUACGCUGGUCCUCAAGCUGCCCGACUCCGAUGAAGUGUAGUGCAUUGCCGCCGCGAUCAUCUUGUAUAAACUUUCACAAGUAUUGCGUAUGCUAAUGUUGCAUAACCACAUCAAAUGACCUUUGUUAUGAGAAUCCCUCGUUCUCCACCUGCACGGCACCUCGCGUCCAUUAUAACAGGGUUAUCACUCUCACCCUGGCAUCAAUCUCAAUGCGAUGUACUCGUUCCCAAUCGCAAAGGGGUUCUCAUACGCAGAUACGUGACCUCGCACGCUCCGUUGGUCAUGGAGUAUAAGACCUUGCAAUCACACUUGAGCGUAACGUUACGCUGAUCGAAAAUCCCUCCCUUGUCGCGCUUCGGUCACGCCUCCAAAUAAUCCACCUCGCUUCCCCAUCAAAUCUCUUCCUCCCCUCGUAACCUAGUAGCGGACGGCUCCUUGACGCAUUGUUGUGUUUAAGUUUGGCCCGAAAACACCAAUCAACAACAACAAAAAGAGUAUACGACCUUGUGUGUCGUCCACCAGCAGGAUGUCUGCUAGCGUUACGCAUGGGUUGUACAGAAUAGUGCAUGCGCCGGCGUAUCUGGUGACGUCCAGUACAUCCGCACUGGAAUCGAAGCGAACAUUCGCAAUUCCACAUGGGAUAGUCUGUGACCAACUUUGCCAUAAACUACGCCACGUACGCAGCAAUGAGCGGGUAUUCAUAACACGUUGAUGGUGAUGCUACUGAGCUGAAACGAAAAAUGCAAACUACCGCUCCGGCGAUGA